AUAAACCUUAUAGUAUCCCUCUUUAUAAAUUCUUUCAUUGCUCUACUAUUAAUUUCCGUAGCAUUUUGACUACCCCAGCUAAACGUGUAUGCUGAAAAAGCAAGUCCUUACGAAUGCGGCUUUGAUCCUAUAGGAUCUGCUCGCCUACCAUUCUCAAUAAAAUUUUUUCUUGUUGCAAUUACAUUUCUUCUAUUUGAUCUAGAGAUUGCUCUUCUUCUCCCCCUCCCCUGAGCCUCCCAAACAAACAAUCUUAAUCUUAUAUUAACUAUAGCCUUACUUUUAGUCUUAAUUCUCACUCUCGGACUAGCCUAUGAAUGAGUUCAAAAGGGCCUAGAAUGAAUUGAAUA